AUGCACCUUAAGGUGGAGAUCUUGUAUACUCAUGGCGACCUUUGUGAAACGAGUCAUGUAGCCUUUGAGGCUUUCAUUCUGGCCUUGUUUGAUUAUGCUCAGAUAGUCAGAGUUAUGCAGUUUCAUGGCUUACCUGCUCAAGAGCCUCUCAAGCACCUCAGGAAUUUUCAGACAGCCUGUUCUACUGUCAGGUGUAAUGGUGCAACUGAGACUUCUAUUCUGCUAGCUGCCUUCCUGUUUUCUCUUGAGGGAAAGGUGAGGGAGUGGUACUACACUCAACCUGAAGCAGUUGUUACUAAUUGGGACACACUUCGAAGAGAAUUCCUAGAAAAAUACUUUCCAGUUGAAGUUACUGAUAGACUGAGGAAAGAAAUUUCAAUGAUUAUUCAAGGCGAAUCAGAGACUCUUUACGAGUAUUGGGAGUGCUUCAAUAAUCUUCUAGAUGUAUGCCCCCACCACAUGAUUGACAAGUUAGUGUUGAUCAACUACUUCACACAAGGCCUGAAGCCUCAGGACAAGACUACAUUAGAUGGUACGAGCAAUGGUUCUCUGAAAAUAUACAAGACCACAGAAAAAGCAUGGCAACUGAUCGCCGACUUAGCUGAGUCUGCUCGGAAUCACAAGCACAACAGGAAUAACCACCCCAAGGCUGUGGCAGAGGUUUCCUCUAGCAAUGAGAAUAAUGCUCUCACACAAUCAAUAUGUGAGAUGACCAACCUACUGAAGCAGAUACAUCUAAGCCAACAACAAUCUCAACCCCCUUCACCACAACAUAGUCAACAACUGGUUCCUCAGAGAGUAUGUGGAAUAUGCGUUGAUUAUAAUCAUUACACUGAUGAAUGUCCACAACUCCAACAUGAAGACAACAUCGUGGCAGCUACUCACAAUUUCUAUGACCGUCCGAAUCAAGGAUACUAUCAACAAGGCGGCAACUAUAACCAAGGUGGGAACUUUAACCAAUGUUGGAGGGACAACUAUAACAGAGGAGGCAGAGACGGCCAACAAAAUCAGAGGUGGAAUAAUAACAACAACCAGCAGAGUCGGUAUCAGUAG